AUGGCGACUAUGGAAGACAAUCAUCUGUACAUUCAAGCUUUGACCUGGGACGGAGGAUCGUUUCGCAUCUGCGGGUACGAAAACACGAGAGAGGGCGGCGAUGAUGGCCGGGCUGUAGUGAAUGGCGAUGGAACCGCUCAGUGGGACUAUCUGCAUUCGACGGGUGACGACAUCUCCACAAUCGGGGCAGUCGUCCUGUUGGAUCUAGCCAACCUUGGUUCCAAGUACCGACUGUACGUGGAGAAACUCAAAGCGUUUAAAUCCGGUACCGAAAAGACUGCCGAAGACAUUCUGAUCGCCUUUCUGGACGAGCUCAAGAGUGUCGGGUUGCUCAGCGCUUCUGGGCAAGUUCUAAUGGACGAAGUCAAGGCAGAGGCUGACCGAAGGCGCUUUGCGAAGUCGAAGGAUAUUGUUCGCUCCGAGCAUUUCGUAGGCUGAGAAAAUUUGAUAUGUUGGAUUAGCGGGAUUAGUCCUAGAUGAAUCGAAUAAAGCUUUGGUCGUUCGUUGGGCUGUAUCGAUGGAAGAGUAGAUGAGUUUGCUCUCAGAUAACGAAUGUUGUACUGGUUCGAUUAAG